CAGUAACAGGCAGCUACUUGCAACUUAUAUAGAAAUUAAUUAUUAAUAUAAUGGAAGAAGAUAUAUUAAAUUUAAAAUGCAGCAAGUCUCCCAAAAUGUACAAGCAGAAAUUCAGAGAGUCAUGGAUAUCAGGUGAAUUCAGUGAUUGGUUAACUCGAAGUCCCAUCAAUCCUGAUUUUCCAUUCUGCAAAAUUUGUUUACGGAAAAUUGAAGGGGGACUUAGUCAUCUAAAGAGACAUGCCAGCUCAUCCUUCCAUAAAAGGAAUCAGUUGAAUUAUGAGAAUUCAAUUGCCUGUGAAAAUGAGGGCUCCCAGCAGUUUAACAAUCAAAAAUUUCAGAAAACUGUUAAAAACAAAUUUAAAAAACCUAAGUCAUCAACCAGUGAUAUCUCAAAUGGAGUUUCUUCUUUUAAUUCCGGUGCUCUGCAAACUCUUCCACUUUCAAAGCAAUUUAUUGAGGUAAAGUUUGAAGGGGACAAGUUGCAUGAGGUUGCAGAUGUGCCGCACAUUGAAUCUGAACAAUCAAGACCAACUGAAGUUGCGGAUUUUCAAACUGAAGUCAACUUGAAAACUGGUUUAAAAACAUCUAUGCAUCAAUCAUCAUUUUUAGAAUCUACAAUAUCAUUACCAAAUGUUGUAGCAUCUCAUGUGGCACCUGGAUUUGAAAAUACUCACUGCAGUGAUGCUCAACAAUGGCAAGCUGUCCACAUUCCUCAUAAUUUACAAGUUGCCAUUAGAGAAGAAGAUAAAAAUACUGCUCAUCCUGAACUGUUCACCACCAACUUUACUGAUGCUCAUAAGCUGGCAGAUGAUGCAUACCUUGUAGAACUCAACAAUGUUGGCUCAUCAUGUGAAGUAACUGUGGGCAGCCACCAUGCUGACUGCUCAAGCAUUCAUAAUCUCGAGACCGACCACCAUGCAGGCCAUAUAACUGUCACCAUACAAGGGCAAGACCCCAUGUAUAUUCACUCAACUGUUAAUCCCGAUACCUCCAUCUCUUAUUCAAAUGCAAACACAGAAAUGGAGUGCAGCAGUCACAGUCCUCAUUCUUCAAAGAAAGAGAAAAUUAUUUCAAGCUCAAAACGGAAAAGACGACUGAUGAAACCCAAGAAGUCGUGUCGGCCUGGCGCUCAGUCGGGGAUUGAGAUGAACUCUGGUGGGGGUACUGCUAGUUCAUUAAAGAUGGAGGCCACAUCACCCAAUUGCGACGACGCAAAAUACAACCCUGACGAGGAUGGAAAAGAUCCGCGUCGUAGCUGUCGGUGGUACCGUCAAAAGUACAAAAAGAAUUGGGAGAAGAGCAAAGAAUUUGUUGGCUGGUUGUCGCCGGCGCCUGGCGACCCAAGCAUGGCUUAUUGCAUCGCCUGUGCCAAGUGCUUGAGAGGAGGCAUGACACACCUCAAGCGCCAUGCUGAGACACCGUACCAUAAGAAGAGGAUGAUAGAAACAUUGAAGAUGCGAGAAAUUUUCUUGGCUAAAACCGUGGAACUUCGUCUAAGCAAGUUCGCCCAUGAGUUCGGUUUAACUGAUGCCGCGGUGGCAGCCUUGCCUGAUUUAUUGAAAAGCAUCUUCCCUGAUAACAGCUUGUGCAAGCUGCUGUCUGAUGACCGUAUACUGACCAUGCUCUUGGUUCGUAAGGAAGAAUCGCAGCCUGCCGCCCCCAGCAAGCUCGUUUCCAGGAAGAAAUCAUCCCAAAUUGUCCACUCUAAGCCGUGCAAAGUAAAUUCCCACACAUCCUCAGAAGCAGACGCCCCUGCUGUUAUCCGUUUCCCAUGUCCAGAGCCCGAGCACUGCAGUCACGAAAGCAGCUCAGGUUCGCAAUAUAACACUCAGGUCUACGGCGACCUCGACCCCAUGCACACGAAAUACAUGCCUCUAGAGCAGCACCACCAAAUAUCGAUACAUCCUCAUCCGGGCUCUCAGGCACACCCUGCGCCAGCGACCGUCGCUUCGUCUAUCAUCAGCUCGAAUUUUUCCAACUGUGCCAUGGAGACGCGGUUAGAGACACACCAAGACGUGAUACAGCCGUGCCCUGAAGGUGCAGUGAGCGAGCGCUACUCUGUGGAUGCUAUGGAUGAUACCAGGCCCGUGAUGGCCGAGGCUGGACAAGCUAGAGUGCCUCUUCCAAGAGUGCUGGUCCACCAUGCCUCCAAUGACACUCUAACCGUGCGAUCAUACAGCUUUUCUCCAUACCAUGUCUACCCCAGCCUGUUCUCGACGGCAGGCAUGGAGCGGUGGCAGGGCAAAGUAGCCAUCGUGACGGGCGCCAGCGCCGGCAUCGGCGCCGCCAUCUGCCGCUCCCUCGUGGCGCUCGGCAUGCGCGUCGUGGGCGUCGCUCGAGCGCAUCACAGGAUCCUGGAACUGGCUCAGGAGCUGGAAGGUGAGCGCGGCACGCUCACGGCGCUGCAGUGCGACGUGAGCAAGGACGAGGAGGUGGAGGAGGUGUUCAAGCAGGUGCUCAGCACCCACGGUGCCGUCCACUGCUGCAUCAACAACGCUGGCAUCAGCUGCAACAAUUCCCUCCUUGACGGCAGUCCGCAGGAGUGGCGACAGAUGCUCGAUGUCAACGUCGUGGGUUUAUGUCUGUUCACCAAGCUUGCCGUCAACAGCAUGAAGGAGGCCGGCAUUGAUGAUGGCCAUAUUAUUCACAUCAGCAGUUUGUCCGGACACCGCGUGCCGCCAAACUCGCCCACGCAUUUCUACUGCGCCACGAAGCACGCAGUCAAGGCGCUCACGGAGGGCCUGAGGCAUGAGCUGCGCGCUGCCAAGUCCCACAUCAGAAUCUCGUCUAUCAGCCCAGGCUUGGUGCAGACGGAGUUUAUGCAGAACAUGACUGGCGACGCGGCGUACGCUGACAAACUCUACAGCUCAAUCGACUGCAUCAAAGCCGAGGACGUGGCGGCCUCCGUCGUGCAUGUGCUCGUUGCGCCUCCUCAUGUCGAGAUCAACGACAUCCUGAUGCGACCUACCGAGCAGACAAGUUAAACCUUGAGAAGGAGGAAACAUUCAAAAUUCGAUUAUAAAUUCUACAAAUAAUUUGUGCCAUCAUUCCUGCUCUACGUUUUCACAAUUAAACUUCAAUGAUGACGCCUAUAAGUAACCUUGAUUUUUAUUAGUAAUUCUAUAUACAUGAUAUUCUGGGAUGUGUUUUAUCCCACUUUUCAGUGUCCGAGACGACUGAAAAAACGUUCAAAAUGCGUAUUUCUAUAUAAAGAAUUUUUCAAUG